AUGGAUAUUCGUGGUAGGAAAAUGAAAAAACCGCCAGCAUGUGUGCAGUGCCGCAAGCGCAAAAUAGGUUGUGACCGUGUCAAGCCAAUAUGUGGGAACUGUAUGAAACACAAUAAAAUGGACUGUUUCUACCCUGAUGUUCCUGGACAAUACGUUCCCUCCAGCUCGUCCUCUUCCAAUACACGCCAAAUAGCCAACGGCCCGUAUUUAAAUUCUUAUUAUGCUUCUUCUCGUCGUGUCUCCAAGGAAACUGCAGCUCUUCUACAGAAAAACCCAGAGCUGGCUUCUUUGGAGCAAAUUAGAGAAUACAACACGCGUUUGCAAUUGCUCAAUGCUCAAAAUCAACUCAAUAAUAGGACGUCCGCGGCAAACGCAACCUUGAACCAACAACAUACUCAAUAUAUUCCAAAAUCGGUGCCUUCCUUGGAAAGCAAACCUGUCACUUCUACAAACGAAUUUUCUACUCAGCUCAAUUGGGUUCAAGGUCCCGCAAUUUUCCAUAUGCUAACUUCUCCUUACACGCAAGAGGAAAUCAUCAAUCAUGAAAUGAAUUUCUUGAAAGGAAGGCUAUUAGAAUUGCAGGAUAUUACAGGUAAGAAGAUCUCAGGGAUAAAUCUUGAUAUUAAGCAAGAUCCCUCGCCGCAAGAUCCUUCGCCGCAAAAUCAAUCUUCGCUAUCAAAUCAAGACCAAGAAGAGUUCUUGACCAUUAAGAAAAGGAAAUUGAGCGAAGACGAUACUACAGACGGAGAAGAUAAAAUGGUUGCUAACGAUGAAAGAAAAUUUCAUCUCAACGAGUUCAAAGAUUUGGAUCCUCAGUUUUUGGAUAUGAAUAAGGUAUUUAACGUAUUUAAUACUGUGGUUACGCGAGACAAUAGUGAAAAUUUGUGGCUGUUACCAAAGAAUAUUAACAAAAACUCCAUUUUCCAAAUCCAGUACUUGAUUGAACGCGAUCCUUUCCUAUUCAAGUUUUUCAGUGAAUUCAAUACGUUGAUUGAAAAACAAUUCAAUGAGUCUUUGCAAGAUUCUUUAGCAAACCAUAAUAACGCGAAGGAUAACAACAGUAUAUCGCAGUUGUUAAAAUUUCCUUCACAGUCUGUUACACAGAACCUCAUCAAUAAGUAUUUAUCAACGGUUACUGAAACGAGUUCGAUAUUGCCAAUCUUAAAGCCAAAGCGACUGCUACCAAUAAUUGAGCAAAUAUUUCCAUCAAACGCCAUGAGAAAGGCAAGUUCUAAUGACUUUGAAACGGUGUUUCAAAUCGUAUGUUUGAACAAUGACCAAUUAAUAAACUUGGGAUUCAUAACCCUUUGUCUCUUAAUUUUAUUUGAAUCAUUGAACUCCACGGUGUUGAUUCCUCUGAGAGAUGAUGGGCAUUUGCAACUCUUCAAUAUUUUAUUUGAUUACUUACCUUUGUUGAAGGCAAAUUUGACAAUGCUUAGAUUUGAAAUUGAUAAAAGAUCAAUGUGCAAUAUGGACACCUUACGAUUUAUUUCCCUAUGGAAAUAUUACCAAUCAGUGAUAACUACAUCAUCUUCAUCUUCCAACACGAUUGACUAUGAUGAAGAUAUGCAUAUGGCAUGUCUACUGUCAUUAAACCACGAGACUCAGAAUCAAUCACAUAUUUUGGUUUGGAAUUUCAUAUUCAAAAAUUACUGCUGGAGGCAUCUAUUUUUAGGCGAGUUACCAUUGUUAAUAUCUGAACCAUUUACAAACUCCACUCCAAUUAUUGAUCCGUUACUGAAUAACGAUUUCGAAUUGAUUGAUUUCGAAGUGAACUUGAUGAAAUAUUUACAAAGUAAAGAUCAACGGCUAUCUAUUGAUAAGAUUGUACAGCUUAUAAAAGUUAUAAAAACCAAGAAUAUCGAAGUUAGCCAGAGAUGCUUAACAACUUCUUCGAUAAUCAAUAAUAUUAUGGAUUCUUUAAUUUAUAGAAAUUCGAUGUUAUAUUUGAAUUUUUAUCUUUUACUACAGUUUGAAACGUUAAAGAGCUGUGAGAAAUUCAACGAAAUUUUAGAUGACUUUUUGGAAUUGUCAAGAGAGACUCUAUUCUUCGUUUUCUCAAACUUAGCAAAUAUCAAAUUUGCCGGUCAUGAAUUCACCUUCAUCAAUAAAUCUAUUGCGGUUCUGCAAACUCUGGUCUUGAUGCUGUUAGCGUUAUACCAAAGAUCGUUUGAGUCUUCUGAAGCGGUGAACAAUGAAAAGGAAAACUACACAGAUCAAACAGACAGUAACCACAGUAACAACGACAAUAAUAAGAGAAUUAAGAAUAAGAACGUUAUUCAUUUGAUUAUCAACAAAAUUGCAAUGUUGUUAAACGAUUACACUAAAAACUGUAAAAAACAGAAUAGGUUGAUCGAAAAUCUAAUAACUAAAAUUGAGAUAAUUUCYAAAUAUAUCAAAAAAUUAGAAGAAAGCAAGACCUUGCCUGUAACUAAUUCAAACAACUCUACCAAUAACGGAUUCAGUAAUAUAUCUACUGAUCAACUAAUUAAGAUAAAUCAUGAAUUGAAUAAAAUUUCUGAGUCUUUGAUUAAAACAGAUUUUUACGAGCAAAGAAAAAAUAAUAAAGUAUUUAAUGGAGGUACAGGUACUACGACCACUGUUGAUGAUGAGGCCAAUUUGGAGAAUUUCGGUUUAACCAAGGAAAACUUCAGUGAAAUUUUUGAAGCUAUUCGCAGUUAA